AUGCAGGAAGAAAUCAAGAACCGUUUUGGGGCAGAGGUUAUUCACCAACAUGAGACUUAUUUGGGUCUACCUUCUCUGGUGGGGAGAUCUAAACAGAACACAUUCAGGGUUUUGAAGGAGAAGCUUGAUAACAAGUUAUCAGGAUGGAAAGAGAAAUUACUUUCUCAAGCAGGCAAAGAAGUACUUAUCAAGGCAGUUGCACAAGCUAUACCAACCUACACUAUGAGUGUCUUUAAGCUUCCUGACUCUCUUUGUGACGACAUGACUGGGAUGAUACGUAGAUUUUGGUGGGACCAGAAGGAUGGUCAAAAUAAAAUGGCAUGGCUUAGCUGGGAAAAAAUAUGUGCUCCUAAGGAGAAAGGUGGGCUAGGUUUCCGGGACCUAAAAGCGUUUAAUUUAGCUCUCCUAGCCAAACAAGGGAGGCGCUUGCAAAAUAAUCCCCACUCCUUGGUCCACAAGGUCUUAAAAGCUCGGUAUUUUCCUAACACAGAUUUUCUGCAUGCUGAGUUGGGCACGAGGUCAUCAUAUGCAUGGAGAAGCAUCCUCUCGACCCAGCCAGUCAUAAAGGCAGGUUACCGUUGGCAAGUGGGAGGUGGUGAAAAUAUAGGCAUUUGGAGGGAUCGUUGGCUACCGCAACCUUCAACCUUCAGGGUGUUAUCUCCACCAGGCUUUCUUCCAGACGACACCAAGGUGAGCUCUUUAAUUGACUCAAACAGUGGGGGAGUGGAAUGA